UCCGUCGCCCUGCGCGGAUUUGGUCGACUUAUUUAUUUAAUUACAUGUUAUAUAAUCAACACCGACUUUGAACACACACACGUUCGCGCACAAACUGAUCGACCUCAACCUACCUGCACCAGCCCUGCUGACAGACUUGAAGUGACAGUGCUGACCUGGAUAACCGCUGAGCCUGUGUUCCACACCGAGCCAGGCCUCUCCAAGCAGACACACUCACAGAUACUACAGCGGACAGACAGCGGUGUCAGCAGCUCAUCAGCAGCCUGUGGCUCGAGAAGCAACAGCAGCAGCAGCAGCAGCAGCAGUAGCAUCCGACUGAGAGGAAGAACACUGCAUUCACACCAUCCUCCGCCAUCCUCCUCCUGUCACAUCUGACAUGGCAGACCCCAGCCUCACGUCGCCCUCUCAAACCCCACUGCGCUCCCCUAACACCUCGCUCACCCUCUCCUUCCCCUUCCUGAGGGAAGGGAGCCGGGUAUGGGAGGAAAGGGCGGAGCAGGGGCUGCCUCGGGAUUUGCCCAGCCCGCUACCAACCAAACGCACUCGCACCUACUCAGCUACGGUACGUGCUCACUCAGGUCCCGUGUUUAAGGGUAUGUGUAAGAACUUCUCCAGGUCACAGGGUCACGGUUUCAUCAAACCCUCCCACGGCGGUGAAGACAUCUUUGUUCACAUCUCAGACAUCGAGGGGGAGUAUGUCCCAGUUGAGGGUGACGAGGUUACGUACAAAGUGUCCCGGGUCCCACCUAAAAACCUGAAGGUGCAGGCGGUGGAGGUGAAGAUCAUACAUCUCAACCCAGGGACGAAACAUGAGACCUGGUCCGGGCAGAUCAUCAGCUCGUAGGCCUGACCUCUAGGCCUGGUGGGUGAUGCUGGGUAGGGCUGGGUGGGGGGUGGUGGAGGUGUUGAGGG